GUUGGAGUUGGCAAUGCUGUUGUAUGAUAUAAAAUAUGUAAACAUUUGUUGUUUAGUUUAUGCUUUUGGCUGUCUAAAUUCAAUAAGCAAGAGAGAGACAAGUAUAUGUUUAUGGUCUGCAAUUAGUAAUGCAUUGCGAAAAAGCUAGAUUUUUGCAUUCAUUCAAUAUAGGGUUUGUUUUUGUUUUUAGUUUUUUUUUUUCCUGCUGCUGCUUAUUUGAUUCUGCUGCUGCUUGUUUCGUUUUGCUAUGAAACUUUAUAUGAUAGUUGUUGUUUUUUGUUUGUUUUUUGUGUUUUUAGUGAGCCACUAAAUGCAAAUACUUGACUAGUCUCUCAUUAGAAGUUGUUACGGUUAAAACGUGUGCGGGUGUUUUGUUAAUAAAUAAAAUGAAAAAAAAUAAAAAAAACAAACAGGAAUUAAGAAAAAUGUAAAGAAAAGUGUAAUAAUUAAAAAGUUUUAAAGAAAUUUAUGUAAAUUAAGGAAAAUAACUAAAGAAAUAAUAAUAUUUGCUAGAAAUUUAUAAGAAAAAAGUGAAUAAAAUUGCAUUCAAAAAGAAAGCAAAAUGUGGAAAAGCAAAUGUAUAAAAAUUUUGUAAUGGCCUGCCAUUUUAAAACAACAACAACAACAAUAGUGAAACAAAAAAUAAACACGAUUUUUAAGCUAAAUUAUUAAUAAAUAAUAAAAACGUAAAAAUUAAACUAAAAUUUUUUGCAAAAAGAGGAGUUGUAGGCUAAACAACAAUAACAUCUAGCUAAUAAUUAUAAUUGUACAAAAGAAAAAAGAAAGAAAUGUAAAUUUAUAAAAACAACAACUGAAUGGCGAAGUGUCUGAAGCAAAAAGCAGAGAAAAUAACAACAAAAUUAAAUGCAAAUGAAGUGAAAAAUAUUAAGUAAAAAAAAAACAAAAGUUUAAAUUACAAUUUGUUAAAAAGCCACUACAACAACAAAUAGGAAAACAAACCAAAAAGCAAAUGUGCAAUAAUUAAAGCAACAACAACAAAUUUAAGCAAAUUCUUUAAAAAAGCAAAAAAAAAUUAUAGAAAAAAAGUUAAAAUCUUAAAAAAAGUGAAAAAAAUAAAGGAAAAAAGCUAAAAAUAGGAAAUAAUAUAAAAAGUAAAGAAUAAAGUGUGUGUGUGUUACUAAAAAAAGCAAAAACAACAACAAAUAGCUAUUGCAAAAUAUUUCAGUUUACAGCAGCAGCUACAACAACAACAUCAAACACCAAAAAGGAAAAACACAACAGAACUGCAAGUUAAAUUUUUGUUAUUGUAUUUUAAGUUAAACAUUUUUGCAUUAUUAUUAAACUCAAUAAAUGUCCAACACGUUUGUGUUCUGGUUGGUUUUAAUGGUGGACAACGUCAUCAUCAUUGUGCGGUCGUUGAAGCAAAUUGGGUCAUUUAGAGCAGGCAAGGUUAAAGAGAUUCUAACCAGCCGAGAGUAAGAGAACACAAACAAAAAAAAAAAAAAACGAAAAAAAGAACAAAAUGGUGCCGAAAUAACGGGCAACGUUACUUCGACACUCUCUACAAUAUAAAAAUGUAAACGAACACUUUGAAAAAACACACACAAACACAAGAGUCCAACAAACACACAAAUAAAAGGAAGCAACUUUUGCAACAAAAACAAACAAGAAGAGAAAAAGAAAACCUUGCCUUUAAAUAGGAUAAUGAAUUUAUCACCGAUGAUGUACCGGCUAAAUCAUGCGCAAGGACAAAAGUUGCCCAUGGCUGCUGAACAACAGCAACAGCUACCGCAACAACACCCACAGCAGCAGCCGACGACAACACCACAAACAACACCUCCUACUCCUACACAGUCGCAGCAACAACAAAUAAUACCCAGUCAUAUAUUGUUGCAACAACAGUUGGAUGCUGCCUCAGCGAAUGCCAGCAGCUCUUCCAGCAACACCACCUCCACCUCUCACAGUGGUCAUCACUCCAACAAUGAGCCUGUUUUUCUAAAUAAUUUUACUGAACAUGAAUCUAAUACACCUCUAGCCUUAAGACAGGCCUCUAAUGCCAGCAGCACCUCCACCUCAGCACUACUUCAUACCAUACAUCAACAUCAUACACACACACAUCAAACACCAGCAACACCGCCCAAUCACUCACGUCUCAUACACUCUACUGCAGCCAAUAAUCUGGUCAUUACUAAUGCUGCAGCAGCUGCCGCUUUGGUGGCUGCCUCUGCGGCUGCUGCCAAUCAAGUGGAUGUUUUGUCCUCUAAUUCUUCCAUGGAAGAGAAUUUAAAGCUUUUAAAGACUGCCAUUAAAUCGGAACCUUUGCCACACGAUCUUAACUCCGCCAACAGCAAUCAUAACAACCAUCAUAAUGCCAGCAAUCUCAGCACCAGCAGCACUAAUAAGGAAGAUCUUAUAAGUUUAGCUGCCUGUUCAGCGUUGGCCAAUGUUGUCAUACCUGCCUCUUCAGCUAAUGCUGCUGCCUCUUCAUCCUCCUCCUCCUCUAUCACAACAAUGUCUUCGGUUAAAGCUAAUGUUUUGAAAAAUGUUUCUACUUCAGCCUUAAGUAAUGCCAUAACACAAGUGGCUCUUGCUGCUGGAGCGGGUAGUAGUGGUGGUAGUGUUUCUGCUGGUGUUGGUGUGGUCAGUGCUGCUGCUGCUGGCUCAGUGGCUGGUGGUGGUGGAGAGGCAUUGACUACUUCAAAUGGCAGUAUGGUAUUUGUGCCAUCAAAAAGAGCGCGUAUGGAAUUAAGAGAAGAAUGGAUAUCAACUCCUAGUCCUGGCAGUGUACCCAGCACAGCACCAUUAAGUCCAUCUUCAGCAUCGCAAAAUCACAUGUAUGGCGCCAAUAUGUCAAAUGGCUAUGCAUCACCUAUGUCAGCGGGCAGUUAUGAUCCAUUUAGUCCGAAUGGUAAAACAGGUGAGUGAAAGUUUUUUACUAAAUAUCUGCCUAGUUUAAGACAUUUAGGGGACUUUGGGGGAUACAUUUUGGGGAAACGAAAAGUUUUGAAUUAAAAUAAUGAAACUUUUUGUAGAAAUAGAAAAUUUCUUUAAAAAAUAGAAAAAAUUUUAACGAUCUCCCCGACGGGGAAUUGAACCCCGGUCUCCCGCGUGACAGGCGGGGAUACUGACCACUAUACUAUCGAGGAUUUUGAGAUAUACAGCAAUAUUUGUGUACUUAAGCAGUAGAGGGAAAAGAAAAUGUAAAUUAACAGUUACAAAAAGCUUUUGUUUGUAGUGUUAUCUAUUGAUAAUAGAGGGCGCUGUUAUUAGAAAGCUUUUUUUUGGUUGAAGCUUUUUUAUUUAAAUUAAUAGCUUUUGUGUGAUUUGCUGUUUAGAAAAUUAAACCAAAACAACUUCAAUUUGUUAAAACAAAGCAAAUUUUCUAUAUUUUUUUGCCAAAAUGUCUAGCAGGGAGCAAAAGUUUGUGAAUGGAUGUGCAAGUGUGUGUGUAUUAAUGCGUAAAAGUGAUGUUUAGCUUAAGUUGUUUGUGUACAAAACCACCCACAGGAUAAAGACCUUUAAAAGCUUAGCAAAAACAAUAAAAAUUUUCCCUCAAGGACGAAAUUUUUAUGAACAAAGAAAGUCUGCUAAUACAUACAUACUUCUAUAUACCUAGUUAAGUACAUACAUAGAUGUCAAAGUUUAUGUAGUCAAGGCAGACAUGCUUAACAUUUACAUACACACUUAUACACACAUACAAACUUAUAACAAACCCCCGAAAAUAAAAGUUGAAGGUCACCAGAUAGACGUCGAUGUCUGCCAUUUAUGUGUAUAUAUCAUCACGUUUGUUGUCUUUUUUAAAAACCAAAGAAAACAACCCCAACAAAAACAACAACCACAACGAAAAACAACAACAACAAACUAAAGAAGCACUUGAACUUAUUAAAAACAUAAAGAGCAGGCAUAUCAAACUCUCACACUGAAAACUUUUUCCACAAUUUCCUCUUAAAGUAAAAUCAUUAUAUGAAAAAGUAUUUCCACCCAAACACCUACAUACAUACAUCUGUAGAAAGGGAUUUAGUGCCAAAAGCUUAAAUUGUUCUUGUUUUUUUCUUUAAGGACUCUAUA